AUGUCGACAACGCCUACGACCGACCACACUCCCGGGGGACACGAAGAGAAGAUUGCGAAGCGGUUGCGCGAGUCGAUCACCGAUCACGAGGACGGCUUCGAGACGCCUCCUAUCGACUGGGAUGAGGCGGCACGCUUCCAGCCCUCCAAGCUCAAGGGCAACUCUCUGACUUACAUGGUCGCUUUUGUUGCGGGUACCGGCUUCACCCUCUUCGGUUACGACCAGGGUGUCAUGUCCGGUAUGCUCACCCUUCCGAUCUUCCUUAAGCAGUUCCCGAGCACCGCGACCGAGGCCGGUUUCGGCGGCGGCAACGCCAACGCGGCGACGCUCCAGUCAUUUAUGGUUGCGAUUUACGAGAUUGGCUGUCUUGUGGGCGCCCUGUCCAACCUCUGGGUUGGUGACAAGCUGGGUCGCAAGCACACGAUCGCGCUCGGCGGCUUCAUCAUGACUAUCGGCGCCAUUCUCCAAACCACGGCUUUCACGUACGCGCACAUGCUCGUUGCUCGCGUCGUCACCGGUAUCGGAAACGGUCUCCUCACCUCGACAGUCCCCGCUUACCAGUCCGAGUGCGCCAAGCCUCACCGCCGCGGCCAGCUCGUGCUCUGGAUGGGCUCGCUCAUUACGUUCGGCAUCAUGAUCUCGUACUGGAUCAACCUCGGAUGCUACUUUAUCGACAACGAUGCGGCCUGGCGCUUCCCCAUGGCUUUCCAGAUCGUCUUUGCCAUCAUCAUGAUCGGCUGCAUCUACGGUUUCAGGCUGCCCGACUCGCCGCGCUGGCUCGUCUCCAAGGGCCGGUACGCCGAGGCCGUCGCCGUCCUCGCUGCCCUGGACAACACCACCGUCGACGACCCCGAGAUCCGCCGCACCUUCCACGGUAUCGUCGACUCGGCCCAGCAGGAGUCCAAGGAGAAGUUCAGCGUCCGCGAGCUCAUGUCCCACGGCAAGACCCAGCAUUUCCGCCGCACCCUCCUCGGUUUCCUCGCUCAGAUGUUCCAGCAGAUCUCUGGCAUCAACCUCAUCACCUACUACCUCACCACCGUGCUUGGCGGCAUGGGCCUGGGCCCUGUCAUGUCGCGCACCAUCGCCGGCGUCAACGGAACGGUCUACUUCCUCACUUCGAUCGCUGCUCUGUUCAUGGUUGAGCGUUUCGGCCGUCGGCCCCUCAUGGUCUGGACCGCUCUCCUCCAGGCGGCGACGUUUGCUAUCCUCGCGGGCCUAUACAAGGAGGUCAGCGACGGUAACAAGGCCGCCCAGGGCGUCUCGGUACUCAUGCUCUUCCUCUUCAACACCUGGUUCUCGAUUGGCUGGCUCGGCAUGACCUGGCUCUACCCUGCCGAAGUCACUCCUCUCCGCAUCCGUGCUCCCGCCAACGCUGUCUCUACCGCGAGCAACUGGCUCUUCAACUUCAUGGUUGUGAUGGCUACCGGGCCCAUGUUCGCCAAGAUCGGGUGGGGCACGUACGCCUUCUUCGCCGCGAUGAACGGCAUCAUCAUCUUCCCCGUCGUCUACCUCUACUUCCCUGAGACCAAGAAGUACUCUCUCGAGGAGCUCGACAUCAUCUUUGCCAAGGCUCACAACGAGCGCCGCAACCCUGUCACUGUCAGUCUCGAGGGCGACAUUCCCCCGGCUGGUUCGCGGGAGGCAGAGCAGAUCCUCGGCCGCACUAUCCGCGCCGAGAAGAUGGAGGAUGGAGGUUUCGGCCGCCGCCUCUCCCGCGUCAUCAGCGGUCCCGCCGAAGGGCGCAGGCUGUCGCGCGAGCACGUUUAA